GUUAUGUAAUAUUGUGCAUAUGCAGUUUUUAUCUGGUCAUGACUACGAAAAAAAUAAAUUGGAUGAUCCCACCUGACACUUAUGCAAUCGACGAAGAAGCAGUGCGUGCCGUGGUGUGGUGAAGUUUGGGCUGAAUAAUUUCUCGUCAUAGAUUAAUUAAUUGGGAUUAAUCUGAGAUUAACAGAGAGAUUAAAUAUUUGAUUACUAAAGAUGGAAGCCCUGCUGGGAGGGGCAAGUGCACUAAUGGGUGGUGGAGGUGCUACGUUCCCUCACGGGCUGAUGCUUGGCAUUGUGGGAUCGUUAUCAAUGAUGAUAACUUCGUGGGAAAAAUCCGACCGGGAGAAGGAUCAGUAUCUGGAGAAAAAUAGGGAAUACGGUGACACGUACGAUUUCAUAGUGGUUGGUGGCGGAACAGCAGGAUCACUGGUUGCGAAUAGGCUGUCAAAAUCGUACAAAGUUCUUCUACUCGAGGCAGGCGGGGAGCCACACCCAUUUCACGGCAUCCCUAUCAUGGCCAGUUUCAUGCCAGGGCAUAAACAACUGGACUGGAUGCAUGAAACCGUACCGCAGAAAAAUGCAUUGUUUGGAGCGGAAGGAAAUAUCGGACACAUCUUUGCCGGACGGGGGCUCGGUGGUACGUCCAAUCUUGAUUACAUGAUGCACUUGCGAGGUCACCCGAGAGAUUAUGACGAGUGGGCGAAAAUCACUGGAGAUGGGUCGUGGUCUUAUGACGCACUUCGUCCCUAUUUCGUCCGGCAUGAGAAUUAUCUUGGAGAAUGGAUGACAAAAGGAGAGAAGGGAAUGCAUGGCUCCGAGGGUGAAAUGCGCCUUGGACCAGGACCAUUCUCCAUACUGGGUAAGCGUUUUGUAGUCGCAGGAAAUGAAAUGGGACUUCCCCACGUGGAUUUAAACGGUCACUACGAACAAGGUUUCGACAUGAUGACACAGCCCCUCAAAAUGGGUCACCGUCAAACCGCCUAUGACGCUUUCCUACGGAGAGGUAGAGACAAGUGGAAUCUCGCCACGCACAAGUAUUCCACGGUUCAUAAGGUCCUUCUCCGCGGAUCCAAUCACGAAGCUUACGCCGUAGAAUUUGAACAGCACGGAAAACUUCGGGUUGUAUACGCCCGCAAGGAAAUCAUUCUUUCUGCCGGGGCAAUAAAUACGCCAAAACUGCUCAUGCUCUCUGGCAUAGGGGACUCUAACCACCUUCAAAACAUCGGAAUCCCCGCUAAGGUCCAUCUGCCCGGAGUAGGUUCCAACUUGCAGGACCACUUGGGCGUUCCACUUGGUCCGUUUUUUACCCAGACGGGUAAUUCCAUCCGAUUAGAGAGAGACGUCGGUCCGGCGGCUGUGUUGGCGAUGGGUCGAGGUGACGGCGUACUCACGUUGACCGGAUUCGAGGCUGCCGCUAUGUUGACGUCAGACCAGGCAAAAACGAAAAGCGGUGGGGACGCGGCUUGGCCGGAUGUGGAAUUGAUUCUCAACACUUUGUCAACCGAAGAAAUGGUAGCGUCCAAAAAGAAGAUGAGGAGAGAUGUGAUGAAUAAGUAUUAUAAGAACUCCAAGGGAAAAGAUUCCUUUACAAUUAUCGUCUCUGCGACACGACCGAAAAGUAAGGGCGGAAUUCGGUUGAGAGAUCCAAAUCCCUACAGCCCUGUGGUCAUUGAUCCCGCGUAUUUGAACGAAGUUGAGGAUGUCGGGGUGCUAGUGGAUGGCGUCAAGAAAGCGAUGCGACUGGUAGAGGGGACCGUCAUGUUUCAGCAGAUUGGGGCCACCUUCACCAACAGAACCGUCCCCGGAUGUGAACCGUACCGUCUCAAGAGUGAAGAAUACUGGACGUGUUUCAUUCGAGUGAUGGCUCAUUCGAUGGGUGACGUGGUUGGGACUGCCGCGAUGGGACGUGUGGUCGACAACGAGCUCAAGGUCCUUGGAACGGAGAGGUUAAGAGUCAUUGAUGCUUCCGUAAUGCCAACCAUUGUCAGCGGAGGAACAUCUCCGGCGACAUUAGCAAUCGCGGAGAAAGGAGCUGACAUGAUAUUAAGAUAUUGGGGGCCUUCAAACAAGGCCACCUCUCUGACGAAAGAAUCAUUUUCGGUGGCAUCCAUCCUAAAAGAAAGUGCUUCAAAGCUACGGACCAUUUCCGGUCUGGGAAGCUCUAUAUUUUUCCAACACAUAAAAAACAGUCCGUCCUAUCGGGACAUGGCAAUAAAAUCUGGCGUUAAACCGGUAAAGAAUCCCUUCCACUUGAUCGGACCAUUGGUAACGGCCAGUUUGAUGAACGUGGGACCACAAGAUCACGAGUUGACCAAAUCACCAGAAUUAGAAGUUCUAUCGACACCUACUCACCAACCAUACGUCGUCACACCACCGACAACGCACUCAUUGACUCCACCGACGACGCACACACUCACACCCCCCACGACACCACUGCCCCUCAUGGCGACACUGUUUAGCGACCCAACCCCGUACCAGGGAGAAGUGACCAGUUUACCAGAAUCGCACCCCUACCUUCUCCAACCAAAGACGACGCCACACCCGUACCAUGGAACCUUCGUGUCCAGUGUGGACUCCUUCCUGCAGCCGUAUCUUACCCAGGAAAAUAAAGGAGCACGGUUCAGUCAAACCUUACCGAUUUUAGGUUUUGCUAAAGUUGCGAAGGAUGUGAUACCGACAAGAGAGAAGGAUUUAGCGAGUCUACUAAGCUCGAGUGGCGGUGGGGUGCAGUAUGGGCGGGCCCGACCGAAUAGAGACUCUAUCACGCCACAACUUAUCGCCAUGACGACGGGAGGAAUUCACAUGGCGACGAAUGGGGUACCAGUUUCAAUGCCAGUACCACUUCAAAUUUUGGACUAUUCCAAACUAUUCUCGCCCAGUCAGCCAAGUGCGCUUUUGUUACAACAAUUGCUAAAUAACUCGACGGAUGGGAACAGUAAUGAUUUAGCAUCCAGUGUGGACUCACUUUUACUGAAGGGUCCACUAAAAGUGGAGCAGGAACAGGUAAGGUACCACACCCAGCAGGAUAUCCCGCACGAUAUGUUGCGAUUUAUCCGACUUCCGGUAGAGUAUGGAAAGUUUAGUCAUGUUGAGCAGGUUGAGGCGACGACGCCAAAGUCAGUACCAUUUUCGAAAGUGCUUCAAAAACAUGGGGAUGAUACAGUUUCUCACAAAAAUCAUAUAGUUUAUAGUAAUGAAAACCCUACACCAGUUAUGAUUAUGCCUAUGGGAGGUGGUUAUGCUAAUCCACUCCUGUUACAGUAUCCUCCUCACCCCAUGACGUCUUUCAGAUUCAGAAUACUUAAUCAGGAAAAAAAUUGAUACUGCAAAUUUAAGAUUUAGAUCUGUAAAUGUAUGCGUAUGAGUUGCAUGAAUUGUAACGCAAUUAUUUUGGUGGUUCCUUAUUUAUAGAUAUAUGUUAUGUAAACUGUAUAUAAUAAUCGAUGGCUAGUUAUUAUAGCAAAUUUAUUAUUAUUUUGUAUAUAUGGGUAUGUACGAUUAUGUUUAAACUGAAUUAAAUAUAAAACAGCAUAAAUAUGUAUGUAUAAUCCUAGCCCGAGUCAGCACUUAUGGAAUAGUCACGUCCCUCCAUCUGUAAAUACGUCUAUGUAUCUCUGUUGUUAAUUUUUAUGUGCACUAGUUUUACCUACAAAUUACUCCGGAGAAAAUUGUGCUUUUGUAUGAUGAAUAUUAUAAACAAAUGCACAAUAAAGCUGCAUUAUUGUAAAAUA